AUGUCUCGUAAGACGGGCAAGGUUAGAAGAAAGCCGACGAAGAAGAAGUUGAGAAAGAUCUGGCCGACGAAAAUCGCAGCGCUGAUCGUAUCCGCCAUACAAGAUCUUGGCGAGACGAAGGGACCAACCCCGAGCAAGAUCAUAGAUUAUAUCAGUUACACGUCGGAUAUGGCCGACAUGAAGGUUAAACGACGAGUAAAAGCAGCAUUGAAAAAAGGCGUGGAGUUCGGUAUAUUGAAAAAAUAUCGGGGUCACUAUUUCCUUCCGGUCGGGGACGAAAUCGAUCGCGCAAAUCGCGUCGCUCUGAGAUUCUCCAAGCUACCAUUGCCACGUAAAAUCGCGGUGUUGGGAAGUAAAAGAAGAUCUGCCAUAAAAUCGCGAAAUAGGACGAAGCGGCUGAAGAAAUACCGUUCACCCUUACUCUCGUCCACGGUUAGCAUUGCGAAUGCGAUUUGCCAAGCUUGA